AUGCCACUGCAUAUCACCUCCCAGUUCAAGCAGGCCAACCUGUCCUUUCUUGAGGAGCUGCUCCAUGCAGGCGCUAACAUGAACAGCAACUCUCUCAGCCGAGCCAUGCAACACAAGUCACUGAAGCAUGUGCAAAGGCUGGUGGAGAGUGGGGCGCAUGUGGAUGCCACCAAACUGAAUCCCACAACAACACCACUGCUCAUUGCGGCAUUCACCAACCAGGUGGCAACUGCCUCAUACCUGCUCACCAAGGGCACUGACCCAAACAAGGCACAGAACAACAAGGAACAUAUGACUCCACUCACGGCCGCCGCCCUUAAUGGCGACCCAGCCAUGGUUAAGCUGCUGCUGGGCGCUGGUGCCAAUCCUUACUUCAUCAAUCCUGCACUCAUGCUGUACCUGACAUUGAAUGUGGUGUGGGCUCACGCGCAGAUGCCCAAGAGGAAGUACACCACUGGUUUAUGCAUGCAACGCACCAUCAGCAAAGGGAGCCAGCAUUAA